AUGUCUACCGAAGAGUAUCUUUCUGAAUCUACCAGGGAAGAGACCUCAGCCGACCAGAUCUCCAACGGGCUCGAGGCUGAACUCGCCCAGAUGGAUGCUUCGUCAUACGCUCGGGAAGCCGGUACUGGAAGGGGCCAGGAGGCCAGCAGCUCCGGCCAAGGUUCCGGUAUGAACUUGGCCACGCCUACCCGCGGCACCUGGAAGGGCACGGACGUGAAGCAGCCGGAGAUCGACGGGCUGUACUGCUCCCACAGGAUACCUGUAGAGGCCUGCGAGCGCUUUCCUCGCAUUGCCGCGGUGGCACGAGGCCCUUGCCGCAAGCGCCCCCUGGACGAGGUGGACCCGGAUCCUUACGUGGUCGGGAACAAACACAAGAUGGGCAGGACCCAUACCUCGCGCCCCGAUCUCCCCUCAGGCAGCACCAACCCACAGGUCGUGGAGCACGCUGUACCGCUGGACGCAGAGGUUGGCCAGGAGUUCCUGGACAAACUUGCCUCGCACGGGCGCAAGAACAAGGCUCCGGCCUCCGAGGCCGGCACGAGCGAGGAUCCGCCCGCCAAGCGCUCCAAGCAGGGCGACGCCGGCAAAAAGGGCUCCGUCAAGCGCUACGGGUCUCGAAUGCCGGUUGCCUCCGGGCCCGCGCUGAGCCUCACCCAGAGCGCACCGGGCAUGAGUGCGGGGCGCACGGCCCCAGAACCUCCAAAUCACCGCGCGGAGGAGGAUCUACCUUCCCCUCCAGAAGCAGAAGACACCGGCGCCAGCAACACCGGCGCCGGCACUGAAGAAGCCGGGAGAGCAGAACCUCUGGUUCCCUCUCCACACAAGAAGAAGAAGAAGGCGACUGCCUCCCCCACCAAGAUCUUGCCGGAGCCUUCCGCUCCGGCAGCCUCUCCUCCGGCUAAGGGCACGCCGGAAGCCGCUGCAGCCUCCAAGGAAGCAGCACCAACUCCCCCGGCGGCUCCUACCGGAAAACCUGCUGCCGCCAAGCCAACUCCUCCAGAGGGCGCCAAGCUCACCGCCCAGCAACUUGCUGUGGUGGUGACCGCAGCGACCUCUCCAUCAUCCGGCUCGCUGUCCAUUGUGCUGCACGCCGGACGCGCCUCCGUUGCGGCCGGUGAGACGGCCUCAGCUCAGCUGGGCCGGAUUAUGGAGCUCAACCGCGGAGGUGCCGACAUGGGGCAUCUGCUUGAUUAUGCUAAAAAGUGGAAUCAGGCGGAUAUGUCCCCAGCGACCCGCAGCCUGGGUAAGGACAAGCUACCAGUGAUCGACCCGGCCGGCCCUCGGAGCACUGGGCAACACUUCAGCCGACUCCGGCGCGCGGUCAGAGAGUUUGAUACCGCGUGGCAUGAUGCCAACGCCAACGUGGUGUUUAUAGCUGAAAAGGAGCAGCUUGCCCAGGAGCACCACAAAGCUCUGGAUGCCCAGAAGACUCUCUCCUCCGGGCUGAAGGAUCAGCUCAUGGAGGCUGAACUCCGGCAUUCGCGGGAGCUCAAGGAGGCCCAGGCUGCGGCUGAGGCCAAGUUGGAUGAAUCUCUGAAGGAGUUCACCAACUCCAGCGCGGUGAUGCGGGCGGAGCUGGAGGAGGAGACCCGGGCGCGGAAAGAGGCGCAAGACCGGAUCACCACCCUCACCACAGAUCAAGCUGAGUAUGACCGGCUGGUCAUGCAGGCUGAUGCGCUGGCCUUCAAGCUCUUCCCAGAUUCGUAG